CGCUUGAAACGAUCAUAAAAGAUGAUGCAUUUUGAUGUGUUUUAAGCGCGGGGGUGAAGACUAAAGGAAUAACGUUGUAUUUGAAGGAAAGAAAACCGUAUGAACGUGUCUUCUGGCCGUUUGUGGACCCAGUCGAUUUGCCAAAUGAAAAAGUGCCCCCCCCCUCACACACACACACAGCAAAACGCAGAAGGACGCGCGGGACAUUGAAAACACUCCGCCGCCAUUGUUACGCGUUCAACGUAAAACUCAUUUGUCGUCGUUACUGCUUGCUUGCUUGCCUGCUUGCCAGCGAGUCAUCCUUUUCCUUUGGAGAACGAAUACAUGACAUGGAGGAGAGCUGUUGUUAUUUGUGCACCUAAUAAAGAAUGGCGACGCGCGACGACGGGACGUUUGAUGACUUGGCUAAAUGUUGUCAGCCUUCCGAAGCGGAUCGGUUGCGCCGCCCGACAAGCACGCCGAGUUCUGGACUGCACGUUGGGCCGCUCGAGGAGAACCGCGCUGGCAGUUCUGCGCAGGCAGACGGCAGCGACUUCGGCAAAAGGCUGUUGCCGCUCGUCUUUGACACCGAAGAAGAAGAAGAAGAAGAAAACAUGUCGGCGACAAAAUCGACAUCUGACAAUCAUGAGAAAAGUCCCGUGGCCGCUGACAAGAUUGUCCACAUGCAAACGUUCAGGAAGUCCGCCCAGCAGCAGCAGCCUCGUGUGCCCCCUCCCGAGAAGGACUGUGAGAGCGCUCGCAACGAGUCCACAGCGGCGAGCUCGUCGUCCGACGUGACCAAAGACAUCUGGAAGUUCCUGAGGAGGGCUCGAGACGCGGCACAAUCUGAGGCCGGACCGAAGACGCCGACGAAGGCGCCCCCGGCCCCUCCCGAGUCGGAGGACGAUUUCCUGAUUCUUGACGACGACGUGCCUCUCUACUUUUUCAUCCCCACCGAAAGGAAGCAAGAAAGGAGCAAAAAGGCCAGCUCGCGAGACGGAGGCUCCGAGGACAACGGGGCGGAGACGGAUCUGCCCGGCAGGAAGUCGGUCCCAGAGCGGACGGCCCGCAAAAAACCCAAAAAGAACGAGCCCGCGCUCGAUCGGGACACGAAAAAGAAUCGACGGCCUGCGACGGACGAUCGGGAGGUCGAAUCUUCUUCUGGGAUGCCGAAGUCUUCAAAGGGCCAACCCGAAACCGGCGGCCCGGAUCCUAAGACCAAAAGAAAGAAGGCGCAGCGUCGGGAGCGUGCCGACGCUGAUGCCGAUGCCGACCGGGCUUCCCCUUCAGGUUUUGACUUUCAGAAUCUGGACCCUGCGCAAGAUUUGGCGGCAGGUGGAACAUUUGAAGAAAACGGGAGUUCCCCCGAAGCAAAUCGGGUGCUGGGCAAGAGGAAAAGAAACCCGCCCGGGGAGUGGUGGGUGAGCUGCUCUCGGAACGACGAGGCCGGGGGGGAGGCGUCCCGCGUCAAGAAGACCGAGGUCAACCGUCGAGAACCGACCCGGGCCAAGAAAGGCCUCGAGUACCCGCAAAGAGCCGAGGAGGGAAAGUCGAAAAAGAAAAAGAAAAAGAAAGGAGCGGUGAAGAAGGCGGACAGCGACGACCGAGGCGCUGGCAGAGCUCAGGAGCGGCAAGGGUCGCCGUGGCGGGACUUUGCUCCUCUGCUCUUCAGUUCUCCCAAAUCCACCCGGCGGAACCGGCGCCGCGAAUCAGAGAGUCGACCGUUCCCACGAGUUUCCAGUCAGAAAAAAGACUCCCGCACGUCCAUCCCGUCCAGUCCCGAGCCGGACGAGAAACGAGCGACCGGACCACCGUCCGCCGAGCGGCCCCGUCGGCUUCGAAACCCGGCUCGCGAAAGGUCCGACCCGGGCGAGGAAACGGGAGCCGCCCGAAGCCGAAGUCCGGCACAAUCGGGCGGAGGCGCCGUCGGAGGGCGCCCGGUCGGUCGGAGGGCGCCGCGAGCGUCCAAAACCGCCAAAUCCGUCGGCCCGAGCUCACCCGGCGCUCAGAGCGACGACGUCGUCACGGUGCGAGUCUACAGUCCCGACCGCUACGACGGAACCUUCAGCGUGGACGGAGGUCCGGCCAGCCCGGACGGCGCCGACCCUUCGCGGGACAUAUGUCGUAGCGGGCCGGUGUGCUUGAUCGACGUGGAACCGUACGGCGAUCCAGAGCGUCGGUCGAGCGGGCAGGUUUGGGCCGAGCUGUCCGUGAGCGACUUGUGCGCGCCGCCCCUCAAGCCCUUCGAGCUGGGCGCCGAGGACAAGGCCGACCUGAGCGAGUGGCUGCGCUUUCUGUUCCCCGCCUCCCUCAAAGGGAAGAAGAACAAGAGUUUGCCCGCCGUCUCCCCCGACCACUUCGACUGGUACUUCCACAAAGGCCGAGCCGUCGGCGUCGCCGAGGAUCUGCGUUGCGCCACCUUCUCCCAAGGCAAAAUGCUGCUGGGCUCCUUUAUGAAGAAACCUCUGUGGGUGGACCACAGCGCCACCACGGCGUUUUUCCUGCUAACGAGCUCCGUCAGCGUCGUCGUCGACAACGUGAAGUCGUGCGUGCACACGGGCAACUCCUUCAUGGUGCCGUGCGGCCACGCCUACAGCGUCCAGAACCUGACGGCGCAGCCCGCCGUCCUCUCCUUCACCAGGAUCGUCACCGAGAGCCCCGACUGAAGCGCGGACACCCCCCCCCCCCCGUCCGGCAGGCCCCGUCGCCGGGACCUUUUGCGUGUAAUAUAAUGAUAUAAAUGUUUGUAUGGAAAUAAAUUGACAGGAGGGUCA